AUGAACAGACAUUUCUUAUACAACUGCAGUGCACCAAUCCUGGACGUGAAGAUUGCCUUUUGUCAGGGUUUUGGUAAACAAGUUGAUGUGUCUUACAUCGCCAAGCAUUACAACAUGAGCAAGAGCAAAGUGGACAACCAGUUCUACAGCGUGGAAGUUGGAGACUCCACCUUCACGGUUCUGAAACGGUACCAGAACCUCAAACCCAUUGGUUCUGGGGCUCAGGGAAUAGUAUGUGCUGGAUAUGAUGCUGUUCUGGACAGAAAUGUGGCUAUAAAGAAGCUCAGUAGACCUUUCCAGAACCAGACCCAUGCCAAGCGUGCUUACCGGGAGCUGGUGCUCAUGAAAUGUGUCAAUCACAAAAAUAUCAUCAGCUUAUUAAACGUUUUCACACCACAGAAAUCUUUAGAGGAAUUCCAGGAUGUGUACCUGGUGAUGGAGCUGAUGGAUGCUAACCUGUGCCAGGUGAUUCAGAUGGAGCUGGACCAUGAGAGGAUGUCCUACCUGCUCUACCAGAUGCUCUGCGGCAUCAAACACUUACACUCAGCCGGCAUCAUCCACAGGGAUUUGAAACCUAGCAAUAUCGUGGUGAAGUCAGACUGCACGCUGAAGAUUCUGGACUUUGGGUUGGCGAGGACUGCCGGGACCAGCUUCAUGAUGACCCCGUAUGUGGUGACGCGGUACUACAGAGCCCCAGAGGUCAUUCUGGGCAUGGGGUAUAAAGAGAAUGUGGAUAUUUGGUCAGUUGGUUGCAUUAUGGGUGAAAUGGUGCGCCACAAAAUCCUCUUCCCCGGCCGAGACUACAUUGAUCAGUGGAAUAAGGUUAUUGAGCAGCUCGGCACGCCAUCGCCCGAGUUCAUGAAGAAGCUCCAGCCUACAGUGAGGAACUACGUGGAGAACCGACCUAAAUAUGCCGGCCUAACUUUCCCUAAGCUGUUCCCGGACUGCCUGUUCCCUGCAGACUCGGAGCACAACAAACUCAAAGCGAGUCAGGCCAGAGAUCUGCUUUCUAAAAUGCUGAUCAUCGAUCCUGCUAAGCGGAUAUCAGUGGACGAAGCCCUCCAGCACCCCUACAUCAAUGUGUGGUACGAUCCGUCUGAGGUGGAGGCGGCCAAAGAUCUUCAGAUAUCCAUGCCUCCUCCUCAGAUCUACGACAAGCAGCUGGAUGAGAGAGAACACUCUAUCGAAGAGUGGAAAGAGCUGAUCUAUAAAGAAGUGAUGAACUUUGAGGAGCGAACGAAGAACGGCGUGGUGAAGGGACAGCCUUCUCCUUCAGGUGCAGCCGUGAACAGCAGCGAAAGCCUCCCUCCAUCCUCAUCCGUCAACGACAUCUCGUCCAUGAGCACCGACCAGACCCUGGCCUCCGACACGGACAGCAGCCUGGAGACCUCGGCCGGGCCGCUCGGCUGUUGCAGGUGACUAACCGCCUGCCU